AUGUUUGGAUAUUGUCCCACUAAAGGAGCCUCAAGUGAUGAACUGUUUUCGUGCCUAUGGGAAGCAGUAGAGUAUGUAGAGACGGCGGGCUUCAGGGUUCGAGCAUUUAUCUCGGAUGGUGCGUCGCCAAAUAGAAAGUUUUAUAGGCUACAUUCUACUCCUGGAUCAACGUCUAUUACUUAUGUCACUCACAAUGAAAUAGAUCCAACAAGGAAUAUAUAUUUUAUUUGCGAUGUUUCACAUUUGAUGAAGACGACGCGAAACAACUUUGAGAACAGUAACUAUCACUAUAAGACACGGCACCUCCAUUACAACAAAAUGGAUAUCAAAUGGACUUAUCUGUUGGAACUGUAUAAUUGGGACACAGGAUUGGACAGAUAUUCACCUGGACUUCGUCGCCUUCAUAAGAUCUCUUAUGAGCAUCUCCACCUGACCCCUUCUUUGAGAAUGUGCGUGUACAUGGCUGUGCAGGUAUUAAGCAGCACAGUAGCCAAUGCUCUUGAGUGCCAUGGACAAUACUACACAGCUUCGACAGCAAAAUUUAUUAGGAUGUUCGACACAUUUUUCGACUGCUUGAAUGUUUCCCGUCUACAUCAGGAUAGUCACAGUCUCAAACCAGCUUUAGCGCCGUAUAGAUCUAGUGAUGACUGGCCUUUCAAGUGGCUUAAGGAGGACUUUUUAGGAUUCCUAGACGAGUGGGAGUCAAUCAACAACCUUGAUAAUGUGAGAAAGUCUGAGAAGCAGAAAAUGCUGUUAAGCAGGGAGACCCAAGAAGGACUGAGAAUAACAGUCAAUUCAUUUGUGGACUUGGCUUCAGAACUGCUUUCUCGUCCUGAUGUGGAUUUUCUGUUAAGCGAGAAGUUUAAUCAGGAUCCGUUAGAGCAGUAUUUCAGUAAACAACGUGGAGCUGGUGGGACAUGUGACAACCCAACUGUUGUCCAGUUCGGCCAAAAUAUGCAAGCCUUAUAUGUUGCGUCUAGCUGUGCCAAAGCAUCAAAGCGGGGAAACUGCAGAGGCCCUGAUGAACGUAGUUGUAUGUUAGAUGACACACCUCUACCAAGGAGGAGAUGAAUUUAUUCAGCAUCACAUUUAUAUAAAUUUCUUAGCCAGGCACAGGAUUUUGACUUUCGUUUUGUUUCUUUGUGGAAGGAAAAUUGCCUACUAUUAAAUUUUAGAUAGUAAUUUAUAAUACUAUAGUUAUAUUUCUGUAAAUAGAUUUUGUAAAAGUGUACAUAUUUAUUAAAUCUGGUCACCAUUCCAUCAUGUAUAAUCCUGACUACCAUUUUUUGCCGAUAAUUAAAACAGUAUUCCUGUUGUAUGUGUAAUUGCCGAAAGGCCCACUGAUUAGUCUCGGGUAAGACAGAAUAAUACAUACUCUAAGUAUUGAAAGACACGCUUUCGUGAACUGAUUCACUAUAUUGCGGCAUUAAUUAUGUAUGACAUAAUUGAUGCCGAAAUGUUGAAUCAAUUCACGAUGGCAUGCAUUUGAAUACUUGGAGCAUGUAUUAUAUUAUCUUAUGUGUAAUUGCCUUGAGAUUUUUAUAUUAUUGUACAUAAAAUUAGUUAAAUAUCUAUUUAUUAGUAUUUUAAGAAUAAUAAGCCAUUUCACAUUUCCAACUAUGUUAAUUAACAUACACCUACAAUAUGUUGUAUACGUGGUGUUUAUGUCGAUAGAGUUCUAUGACCUUAAUACGAUCAUGCGCAGUUAGAAAAGGCUUAUUUAAUGCUGGAAUUGAUGUGUCAUUAUAUAGCUGCUCAACUAUUGCUAAAAUAUUGCUUUUUUUAUUCAUAAAAGUUGAAAGCUGUCAGUUAUAGAAUUCUUAUGAUUACAUUUGUUUUUGUUUAAUAAUUUAAGGAUUAUUUUGUUCGAAUAAAUUUUAUUGUCACACCACAUCCUUGAUGACUAUGAGAGGUUCUUGUCCUGGAUGAAAACAUUGUUGGCUAUUUAGAGAACAACGGAGUGUUUAUACAGUGCAUUGUGAAAUAACAAAACAAUCUCUACAGAAAAGGAAUAAAAUAACUUGUUGGAAGUAAAUUUAUUUUUGGCACAUUCAUUGUACUGUAUAACCAUCAUAGCAUUUAAUUAUUUACA